UCGAAAUAUUCAACCCCUUGAUGCAUACAAAUAUGCCCAGUUCCGAGGACAUCAGUACUGAAAUCAAUGAGCCGUCGAUUACAACAACUCUUGACACUACUCUGAUAAACGAAAACCCACCGGAGUCGACUAUGAAAUCUCAAAAAAGGCGAAAUAGGCCAUCAUUUGUUUGUAUCAACUGCAAGAAAAAGAAGAUCAAAUGUGAUAAGAAAUUACCAUGUUCUAACUGUUUGAAGUCACAUUUGGCAGACUCAUGCCAUUACCGUCAUUCCCCUGCCAAAUACCCCCGGUUGAAAGAUGAUUUAGGCCGGGAAAGUCCCUUUGAGAAACAAAAUCCGCUUCAGAGGGGAACUUUAACCCAGCAACUGCCUUUGUUUCUAAAUUAUUCCAGCAGCCGGUCGUCCAACGUUUCGUCAGAUCUUGAAGCUCUCCGAGAGUCCAGAAGCUUACGGACAGGCCGAAGGGAGGGGCCGUCUUUGCAGACUGACGUUGAAGAGCUGAAAUCUAAAGUGGUUUUUUUAGAGGAAGCCUUGCGUAACAAGAAUGAGCAAUUGCACCGGGACGAUUCGUCUUUGAACACCGAAAACGACGGAUCAAACUCUGUUUUUUCAAUGAAGUCCAGCAAACUAAAAUUGAACUGUAUCUAUGCGAAAAAAUCCCGAUUUCUAGCGUUUGGAUUUGCUUCCUUCAGAACAUCCAUCGCCCACCAGAAAGAAAUGACCUUCUUUUUACAUCAAUUCAUCGACAGAUUGACCCAGGAGAGAAAACAUUGGAAGAAUAGCCGCAGAAUACCAUCAAAGUCCACAAUAUUUGGUUUGAAGGGAGAUGAAAAGAGAUUUGCUCAGGAAAUUGAGGCUAAAAUAUUGCGUCAUUACACUGCUAUGCUUCAUUUGAUUGAUUAUUUUGACCAACAUCUAAACAACUUUUUGAUGAAUCAAUUAAUUGAUAUUAUUCAAGUAAAGUCCCAUUUUCAUACAAUGUUUGUGCGCGAUGAGCAUGGUAAAGUUCAUUUUGUGAAACCGGAAAAAUCUUAUGAGUACCCCAAUUUAGCUAUUAUUUUCGCAAUUGUUAAAAUUUCAGUUAUCUUUAUCAAUUACAAGGAGUUGAGCGAACACAGAGAUAAGCCCCUAUUUGAUCUCAGAGAGUCUUCCACAAUUUUUGAUGAAUGUUGUCAAGCUGCUCUGAAUCUUUCUCGAUUUGACCAGAAGCAAAAUAUUAAUGUCUUGCUAGCAUUGCUUUUGCGGAGAUUAUCUCUAUUAUAUAGUGCAGUCGAUGGCGAUGGUGGCGAUGGUGCAAAUUUGCUCCCUGUUAUUCAUACUGCAGUUUCUACUGCUUUACAGAUGGGAUUGCACAGAUCCUUGGAUUCCAUCAAUGCAAUUAGUGGAAAAGAGGCUUCCGCCAUGGGAUUUUCACAUUCACCAAAUAUUUGGUGCAAAAUUUGGGCACAGCUGAAGUACCUUGAUGCACUUGGUUCACUAACUGUUGGGGCCCCGUUUCUGGUGAAUGACGAUUUUGCUGACAAUAGGGAUGCACAAGACGAGCACCAAAAUUAUUUUAUGCCCGAGAGGGACAAGAUUACUCGUGAUCUUACAGAGCUAUACCGAGAAGCCUCGUUGGUGUUUAAUUCAAAUCGCCCUGUCUCUUUGAAUGAUAUGGUAUUAACGAUUAUGAAAAUCAUCGAAUUUCAUGAAUCAAUUGGCUCGUUUUCGGACUUGAUUAUGGUACCAACAGAAGACUCGGACAUUGUGGCCUGGAAAGUGAACACCAAGUUUAAUCUUUUGGAACUGGUGCAAGGUCUAUGCACAAAUUUGAGACUAGUUGUGUCAAACCAAAAAUUAUUAAAGCAGGAGUUGAAAGGACGAGAUUUACAAUAUAAUGAAAUCAGACUCUUAGAAUUGUUGGAUCAAAGAUUACUCACAAUCUCACUGAAGUGUGCACUUCUAUCGUAUAUUCUUAUGAACAAAAUAUUACGUGGUGAGUCAGAAAUUUCGAAACCCAAAUACGUGGUUUACUUCAAGCCUCAACUGACUGCUCUCCUGCUCCGAAGCUCGUUGACAUUUGGCACAUCGAUUUUUAGCACUAGUACAAGUUCUACCCAGAAUAUUGAUGCAUCUGAUCUCAUCAGGUUUGACAGCAUCGACUAUAAUGCUCUUGAAUUGAGCCUAACAGAUACAAUACAUUGUGAUUCAUCGCUCAAUGAUAUCAUAGCAAAGUUCCAACAUCCGAAACAGCUUGUAAAAUGCCUUUGUGAGUUUUAUCAGAGCGUUUCGGAUAUUGAUGAGCUUGGCACAGAUUAUGGCUUCUUCUGCUGCUUCAAGCUCACUUUGAUGAUUUGUUUCGUCAUUGAGUCGACUAACAAACUGUAUAUCGAACAAGAGAAGAGCGACAAAACACAGGAAAAUCCAAGAAUCAACAUAACAAGCAUUGCAAAAAAGACCAAGGAAUUGAUUGAUUCUAACUUGACUUUGGGAGCCACCGAAAGAAACUUACCAUUCUUUCAAAGUCAAGAAAGUCUUGACACAUAUAUAAACAAUUUAUUCAGUUCUGAUGUGAACCUCAAUUGGUCCUCCGUUGAUACAGGUCAGGAGCUUUACGGAUUGCCUUGGAAUGGAAUUAAUGAUGAUACUCAGAAAACCACUAAUAACACGGGAGACCCAAUCGGAAACAUAUACGGUCAAAGUGUUGAUGAUGCUGAAUUCAGUAACAGAUCAUACCAGGUCUUUUUCUGAAAUGAUACGAUGCAACUUGUACCUAACGUGUACCUUACUUUCAUCAAUAUGAUACACAGCUAGUGGAUUCAAACUCGACUAUUGUGAUAUGAUCUUUUUGUAUUACAAAGCAAGCAGAACAUAAGUAAGUUUGUCUGAAGUCAGUAAUUUUUGAUGAAACUCACAUCAGUGAAUCACAAAAGAACACAAACUAUGAGUUGUCUAUUACUGGUGGUAAAUUUCAGAUAAAGUAAUAGUUGCAAUUCAAGUUACGGCCUCCUCGAAUGGAGUGAUUUGCUUGCAACGAAAUUCCCUCUGAUCCCAUUAAGUUCCAUAGGCUAACUCUAUAUGACGAUAUUCAAGGCUACUUUCAAGAUCUAUAAUUCAUGAGGAAUAUACAAUGCGAUCAUAGGCAUGAGGAUUGACGAUCCCCAUGGAAAGAAAACAGAAGUCAAAUUCAGCAUGUGCUGUAAGGGAAAUUUGAGGUUGCCCCGACAGCUUAAAUGACAUUCACUAGAACGAAGAAAGGGAAAUCCAUUUGGUAAAAUUGAGGACGUCUGAUUAUUACCGUUGUGGGUGGUGAAGCAACACGGUAUAACAGACUGUGAUCUUCGGGCAACCAUGCACUAACAGGAAGUUGUAUGUUACAAUUGUGAGCUACCAAGAUUUUUCCUUUAUAGAUCUGCAUUCGAAUCUCGGAGAUAGUUCAUGCUUCAACUAAAGGACCUGGUAGAACAACUACCUGAAGUUAGGAAAAUUGGAUGGAAGAAGCGGGCGAUUGCCCACAGGUGCAAAAUGCCCGAUAUCUACAACUAGAGUAAUACUGGCCUUUCAUACGACUUUCAUGGAACUAUGUAUUUGAUCUCAGUUCCAAAUGGGGACACAAGUAAGACAUAUUGCCGCUGACUAUCAGGGUUGUGAUAUAUGUAUCCUGAAAACAUAGGAC